AUGGUCCAACGGAAGGCUAGUCUGGCGCGAGGUCACAAAACACAAGUUGACGCGUUGAAAGCCAGCUGCGACGACUGGCUGCAGAACGCGGAAGCUCUCUUAAAGAAGCGGAAGGUUGCUCUGCAGCGCGAGGAAGAAGGCCUGGAAUCCAAGAUUCUCGAGGUCGAUCAUAAGGAGGAGCUCUUUCGUUCAGGUGAAGCUAGAAGUGUUCUCGAGACUGAGCAGAGGACGGAAGCGGCAAGCCUCGAAGAGCUUUGCACGAACUUUAAAGGGCUCACAAAGAAGAAAAACGACCUUGACGUUGCCAUCCGAGCAACAAAAGGGCGGGUCGACAGCCUGCGUGAGGAGUACUCCAGCUUGCGUGAGCGAAUCACAGAC